CAACUCGACCCUGCACAACUCCAUCGUUGUGCGUCAACGUAGAGCCCACUAAUUAAGCAUCAGCUUCUCGCGGAGAAGUGAGGACACCGGAAUAUAUGGCAUAGGCCUGGGGAGGGAGGGGUCUUGGUGGUGCUGGGCUACGGGAAGGCUCCGUACCGCUGCUGAAUGGAAUCCGGCUGUGUCCGAAAAGCAAUGGCUAUGGGUUUGACAUCGAAAAAGGCAUCUUCUCGGAGCGUCGGCGUGGAGCGAAAAAAUCUCAUCACCGUAUGCAGAUUUUCGGUGAAGACACUCCUGGAAAAGUACACAGCCGAGCCCAUCGAUGACUCAUCCGAGGAGUUUGUCAACUUCGCUGCAAUCUUGGAACACAUCCUCAGCCACCGCUUCAAAGGUCCUGGAAGCUGGUUCAUCUCAGAUGGCCAGCGAAGUUUCUGGGACUACAUCCGGCUGGCAUGCAGCAAGGUGCAGAACAACUGCAUCGCCAGCAUCGAAAACAUUGAGAACAUCAGCACCUCACGAGCCAAGGGUCGGGCAUGGAUCCGUGUGGCGCUGAUGGAGAAGCGUCUGUCUGAGUAUGUGGCCACAGCCUUGAGGGACACACGGACAACCAGGAGGUUCUAUGAUGACGGAGCCAUCAUACUGAGAGAGGAGGCCACUGUUCUGACAGGCAUGCUCAUUGGCCUCAGUGCCAUAGACUUCAGUUUUUGCUUGAAGGGGGAGGCGCUGGAUGGGAAGUCCCCUGCUGUGAUUGACUUCACACCUUACCUGAAGUUCACUCAGAGCUAUGACUACCUGAGUGAUGAGGAUGACCGGUGCAGUGUGGACAGCAGUGCCAGUGACGAAAGUGUCCCAGAACACCCUUACAUCCCCCUGGUCACUGACGAGGAGAGCUGGAGGAACAAGUGUCGCAAGAUGGAGCAGAGGUUUAAGAUUGUGUAUGCACAGAAGGGCUACCUGGAGGAGCUGGUGCGUCUGCGGGAGUCCCAGCUGAAGAACGUGGAGACGGAGAACAAGAAGCUGAGUGCCAGGCUGGAGGAGCUCAGAGUCCAGAGCCUGCAGGAGAAGAAGGAGCUGGAGUCCAUCGUACUGGAGCUGCAGGCACAACUCACUGCCCUCAUCCCCUGUGAUUCCUCCCACCUGACUAAGGAUCUGUCCAUCCCUCUGGUCAACCAGUGGCCCUCCAUACGAGGCUACAACAACCAGGGGGACGUCAAGCUCUUCCGCAGGAGAAGCUUCCACAGUUUGGAGCAGCUCUCAGCUGACGUCAGUCUGAACUCUGAUUCCCAGAAGACCGAUGGGCAACAGAACGGAGAUACAGGAAAAGACUACACCCCUUCUAUGCUGGGUCUCUGUGGCUCUCUGUCCUCUCUCCCCAGCUGCAAGUCCAUGUCCAGCCUCAAGUCCAGUGAGUGUCUGGUCAACAUCAGCAUGGAACCCAGCCCUGCACUCUCCCCCAGCUAGGGGGCGCCAUGCCACCAGAGCUCUGUCUGCCCAGCGCAAAGCCAACAACCAACCAACCCAAACCGCCUGCCUCAACCUGGAGACACUCAAUAGAUCAUGAACAUCUACCUACAAACUAUCACUAUUAACACAGUUACCAACAAAACCCUUUUCAACCAAACCCUUCUCCAUCCAACUCCACUCAACCCACUGCUUCAUGUCUGCAAAGAUUAGAGGGGGAAAAGCUCUUCAAUAUUUCUGGAUUAUUGUGUGGAUUAAAUUAAAGUUAUAAUGAAACUAAAAGGAUCCUAGUUCUUCUGUGCCCCUCCUCACCCACACCCUCUCUCAUAUCCUCACACUGUUCCAUCCUGCUCUUUCACUGUUGUGUGUGUGUGAAUUCCUAUGUCAAAAUGUUGGCCUUUAAUGCCUUUUGAACACAUCUAACUAGCGUAAUUCAAAGCUACAAAACUAUCCAAAAGCAUAUUUAUUGAUCUAUUUAAAUUCUCCUCUCCUCUAGAUCUCCUUAUCCAAGUCUUUCUCUGCACCUGACUCAUCUGGUCAUUGUACUGUCUGUGUGUCAGUCUGUCCCAGCCCUGCCUCAGCCUAUACUAUCCUCUUGCCUGCCUGUCAAAAUGACAGACAAACUGGAAUGACGCACUUGCGAUUAAGUCAGAACACUUGGAGGACAAGGAUGAACUGAAUUCUAACAAAACCAUCAGCUGUUCUUAGGUGUUUGAGUGGCUGCAGGUUGAGUGUUGCUAACAUGGUGGCUAGAUGUGUAUUUGAUGCAUGUGGCUGAAUGAUAUUGGCAUUGUUCCUCCAUUGUACUGGGUUUUGGAUGGCCUGAAUCUCCAAAUCAUUGACCUGCUUGAGUAAUCAGACAUUACUGUUUCAGCAUGUGUUCAUGUGUGCAGCAAUUGGUUACGUCUGUCUAUCAACAGUUUUGUUGUCAUGUUGCUUUUUAUAUUUUGUUGAUGAAUCUGAUUUUAUAAAUCAAGUGUUCUGUUAUUUUUCCACAUGCAUAUUUGGUUAUUUUUGUUCAAUGACCAAUGCUAUUAGUUGCAAUAAACUGCCUUAUUUUUGUUAUGUCAAUCACUUUUCAGUGAGUAUUUUUUUCUCUGCAAGGGGUGUAAAUGUUAUUAAAGUAUGUUUACCCUGAACUA